AAGGGCUCGGCUCCUCCCAACUGUCGCACAAUGUGUACGGUGUUCUUGAAGCGGUUUACGUUAGCCACUGCAAUGAGGGACAAGACUGCAGUUUUCGUGAUUCUUUCUAUUUGAAUGUGUCGUUUUUCAGACUGACAUUUUGUGACCGUGCUGGAGGAUGGACCCUGUAGUGCUGAGCUACCAGGACAGCCUGUUGCGGCGCUCUGAUGUGUCCUUACUGGAAGGGCCUUACUGGCUCAAUGACCAAGUCAUUGGUUUUGCCUUUGAGUACUUUGUCAAUGAGCGCUUCCGAAUCCUUGGGGAGACCAUCAUCUUCAUCAGCCCGGAGGUCACCCAGUUCAUCAAGUGUGCUUCUUGCCAAGACGAAUUAGCCCUAUUUCUAGAGCCGCUGGACCUGGCCUCCCGUCGCUGGGUCUUCCUGGCCGUCAACGACAACUCCAACCAGACCGCCGGGGGAUCCCACUGGAGCCUUUUGAUCUACCAUCACAACUCCAACCACUUUGCUCACUAUGACUCUCAGAACGGCAGCAACUCACUGCACGCACGGCGCAUCGCUAGCAAGCUAGAGCCCUUCUUGGGCGCGGGGAGAAAAGCGCUGUUUGUGGAGGAGCCCUGCCCGUCUCAACAGAACAGCUAUGACUGUGGCAUGUAUGUUAUCUGUAUCGCCGAGGCCUUGUGUGAGAAGGCCAGGGUGGAGGGUUCACCGCGCCUCCCUGUGCAAAUCAUCACCCCAGCCUACAUCACCCAGAAGAGGGCUGAAUGGUGCAGACUGAUCCAGAGUCUAGCUCAGAAUGAUCUCUGCUGCGCUCUGUCUUUUCCUUAGCACGUUCCUCACUAUAUGCAGAGCUGUCAGCCCCCCCCCCACAUAUCUACUGCUGGAGCCUAUGAAUGCACUCCUUAAAUACAGUAUAUAAAUAUUUAUGAAAUAUAUUUCUAUUACAGUCUCUAUCAUACUCCAUAAUAGCUUAAAAAGUAAAGUAAUGUAAUGAAUCUUUUACGAUUCAUUGAACAACUGCCGUCAUGUUUAUCCCUUGUAUAUGCACAGCAACAUACAACAUGUAAACAAGAACACCAGCAUGCCUAUAAAAGGAAUUUACUCCAUUGUACAUAUUUAGUGAGGGUGGAGAAUAUGUAAUCUGGAAGAGGUGACGCAGGUUUUUCUUUACUUCAUUUUUUUUUUCCGUUUGGAGCGAAUGUAGAAAUGUUUACACAGAUUAUUGCUCAGGGUCAUUUUAAAUGAACUAGUAUUGACAAUAAGAAUGUGCAUCUUAACUUCAGCUCCUGCUUUCCGUCAUUGGUUCCGAUCAUACAUUGAUUCUCAGUUUGAACGAGCUUACUGCCUGCAACAAGCAAACUCAUAUUUUUUGAAACUGACACAAAUUGCUGUAUGAGGGUGGGACGUGCUCUGUGUGCCGUGAGUGUUUGUGGGACAAAAGGCAAUGUUGAGCGGUGGAAUGUACGUUAUGUUCUCUCACAAAAAGCAAAUAUCAAACUUGUUCAUUGAUCUAAUAAAUUUUACUGUUGUCACAUUUUUGGUGACGAAAUGGUCAA